CUGAUGUCUGAAGCUGUUACUUCCUCUGCCAUUUCUCAGAUCAUAUGAAGGGCUCUGCUCUCCCAGCCAGGUUCUAGAGUUCAGAAGAGCUUCCAGAGGGCAGGCUGCUCCAGAGGAGAAGAUAGGUUGGACAAAGAGAGAAUCUUUGAAAACGUGAUCUUGAGAAACAUGCUGUCUAAGUCUGAAAAGAUCUUCAGGAAGCUAAGGAUCAUCCAGGCUUCCCUGUCAGUUUUGGUUCUUGCUCUGGCUGCCGCCCUUAAAGUUGUGGUUAUUCUAUGCACUGGGAGAAGAAGUUGGGAGAAGACUCUUCUGGGAACUUUCCUUAGUCCUUGCAAAGAUCUUCAAGAGAAAAAUGACCAAGUUGAGAGGGCCAAAGUCUUAAAUGAAGCUCUGAAACAGCAAAACCGAAUCCUUGUUCAGAGGGUCUCAGAGGCUGAGAUUGUCCAUGGAGGAAAUCUCUACUACUUUUCUUGUGACAAAAUAUCCUGGGAUGAUGCCAAUCAGUACUGUGUGUCAAGGGGCUCCAACCUGACUUCAAUUACCUCAGUGGAAGAGCAGGAAUUUAUUUAUGAAAAAGGUGCCGAUGUCACAUUCUGGAUUGGACUAAAUAAUAAGGAGGGAUCCAAGUGGACCUGGAUAGAUGGGAAGCCAUUCGAUGAGGUUCAAAGCAAGAGGUUUUGGGCACCAGGGAAGCCAAAUAAUAGGGAACACAAUUGUGUCACUUUCUGGACAAUUAGUACCAAAUCAUGGAGGGAUGAGAACUGCCUGGGGCAUUUCAAGUUCAUUUGUAAGAGAAACUGUGAAUCAUCGAGGCUGUGCAAUGGAAUACAGAAUGAGGGUUCUACUGACUUCUAUAGUUGAAGCCACGUGGGUAGAGCAGUCAGCAAAUCAACAAGAUCUUAUUAAGUACUUGCAACAUGCCAGGCACUCUGCAAACCUCCCUCUUCCUGUCACCCACACCAGCUUCUAGGCUCCAUUCUUUCCAACUGAAAGUUUUCCCAAAGGAAUUUAGGACAAUUGGUAGAGGCCUGAUUAGCUGAACCAAGUGAUGCCCCUAUCCCAUCAAGAAGCCAUAGACCCUCUCCAAAUCAUCAUAUACAUCCUGGGCCUACAGACGGUAGCUAAUCAUGGCAUGGGGGUAUUUCCCAUUCACUGGAACAACAGGCCAAGCCCAUGCUGUUCCUCCAUCAUCUUGACUUCAAGCAUUUUCAAUGACUGGCUGUUCCCAUGCCUCUUUCCUGCCCCUCUCCCUUCCACCUCCUCUCCACUUCCUGGCUUCUCCCGUUCCCUUCAAGUCUCAGCUACUUUACAAGGAGUCUUCCCCAGUUUUCUUUAAUCUUCAUGCCUUCCCUCUGAAAUUAUUUCGAGUAUAUCUCGUAUAUGUAUAUGUACAUGUUUAUCUAUAUCUAUCACCUGUUUGUACAUAGCUACUUGCAUGUAGACAACAUAAGACUGAACUCCUUGAGAGUAUAUAUACUUAAACACAUACAUAUAUGUAUGCACACAUGCACACACAUAUGGUCCUGGGACAAGUUACUAAGGACACAUGAACAUCCUUCUCUUGUUCUUUUAUAUUUAAUGUCCUGUGAACUGUUGCAGAGAUGCAAAAA